CGUAUGAUCACUUAUGUCAUAUUAGUUUAAUCAACUUUGACAUAUUUUUGAUAUGAUAAGUUAAUUGUAUUUUCUGGUUAUUUGUCGUUUUUCCAAGAGGCGUUUGGCCUUAGCAAAAUUUUCAGUAAAUUCAGUGUAUUUCGUACGGGCACCGAUUCGCCAAUGUCAUCCACUGAGAUCUUCGUUGGGCUACCGGAGGAUUCGAAGAGUUCGAUUACAAAGGUGCCGAACGCUCCGAAGAGUUGCAUCGGCGAGAUCUUCAGCGCGGAGAAGACGGAGAGCUCCCCGGUGAAGAACGGGACGUCCCGCCCGCGCGUCAUCCGAGACACGCCCACCCGCCCCCGGGACACCCACUCUCGCCUCUUCGGACAGCAGAUCGUCGCUAACCCAGUCGUUCCCAUGGUGACUGACACCAUCCGGAGCCACAUCCAGUUCGGCGACUCGCAGCCAAAUGGCACCAGUCCCUCUCAUUCUCCAUCGAAGAUGACGAACGGCAGCGCUUCGUCGACGCCCAGCCGAGAAGGCAACCCAAUUACCGGUGACGGCUACAAAUCGAUGAACGGUCAGAUCAACACAGUGACGUCAGUGAACGGCAACAGCUUCAUCAGCCACAACCGCGUGCCGCCGGGCGGGUUCUCGUCGGGCCUGUGGUAGAGCCGCACACCAGCACCGCCGGCGCCCGCGCACCGGCCCCUCCACCCGCCGCGCGCCACCCGACACCCGCGACAUACUACCGCAUACCGCUAAUACUCUAGGAUAAACAAUUCCUCUAUUUAUUCCACCCUAAAGUAUUACCAGUCUGCGACACGGAUGCAUUUAUUUCGCAACCCAUUAUUUCAUUAAUCAACUAAAUUCGCAAUUCGAAAAAUCCUAGUAACGCAAUUUGCACAGACCUAAUACAAUGUCCUAUAAAAUUUCAAAGGGUAUUGUUGUUAAUUAAAUCCUUAGCCUGUCCCAGUAACAUUUCAUUCAAAAUAAUUUAGCAUAGAUUAUAGAUAUUUUUGUAAUAGUAAUAUUUCGAUAGAUAUUGUAAAGGCGGUAAAUUUAUGCUGCAGAUGAUUGAAGUAUAACGACGGAAAACAAUUAACAGUUUGGUUCCAGUUAUGCUUCAGUGCUCUGCGGAUGUAAUGUAAGAAGUCUAAAUUAUACUCUUUCACGUCUUACGAAUAUGUUAACGCAUUGAUAUUGUGAGUUAGGAGUGAGGAUACGUAUCAGCAAUAUACCAAAAUGAAUAGUGCCUUGAUCGGUGAUGAGAUAAAUUAUAUGAGAGCAGGACUACGCUUGCGUAAGCAUAUUGUUGAGAACAUGAUUAUAUAUCUAUAUUUCACGGUAUAGAAAUAGUAAUCAUAUGGCACUCGGGAUAAUUAUACAUUAAAUUAACCUAACUUUAAUAAUAAUGGACAUUAUUUAAGUCCUAACUUCGUUUGUUGAAUUUAAUUACAGUAAUUAUUUGAUAGAGGGUUUAUAGAUUGCAUUUAUUUUGUCUUUUUAUACAUGUUUAUUUUGUUUAGUUUAUUUUCGUCUCAUUUAGUAAUAAUUGUGGAACGGAUUUGAAUUUUGGUAGAUUAUCUGUUAACAUGAACUAAGAGUAUAUUGGACCCAUGGUAAUGUACCUACCUGCGCGGUUAAAUGGUACGUUUCUCUGUGUAACUAUUUAUCACUCGAGUAGCGUAGGCAUAUCAUCUUUGUAAAAAUGUUUUAAUAUUCUAACAGUAAACCACAUAAUCACUGGCCUAACUAUAACAACUGUUAAUAGAUAAUAACCUAACUUCAAAAUAAAGUUUUUCUAUUAAUAAUA